AUGGCAGAGCUCCACACUGUAAUUGAAUGGAUCUGGAAGAUAUUUGCCCCACUGUUGCUGAUCAUUGGUACCGUUGGUAAUGUACUUUGUAUCUGUAUUUUACAGAGGAAGAGAAUGGCCGUAAUGUCAGCAUCUCUCUACUUCACAGUUCUGGCUGUGGUAGAUACCAUAGCUUUGUACAUGGGACUCACGCGACAUCUGAUCAUCUACAACGGGAACACGGACCCGAGGCUGGAGUCCGAUUUGGCGUGUGCCUUCCAUCUUUUUUUCCUGUACAGCGCCAUCUUCAAAAUAGUUGAUGAACCUUACAACAGGACAUGUGACAUAAUCGAUGAAAGGUUUCGGAAAUGGAUUUUUCCCUGGCUGGAUUUGAGUCUGUCCACACUGAUUCCUCUGGUUAUUAUUUCUACAAGUAACGGAAUGAUCAUAUUUACACUGGUGAGGUCCAGAUUUCAUAGCAAAUACAGCACCAAAGCCAAGCCUGGCAACCACGCUACAACAUCCAUGACGGCCAUGUUGAUCAGUGUUAGCAUUGGCUACUGCCUCACAAAAAUGCCAAUUGCAAUAUUUUUUAUUUUCGAUCCCUCCAUGGAGGAAGGCGAUGUCAAAGACUUGGUGUUUUCAGUUUUGAGUGUUCUAGAAUAUUUUCAUCAUUCUAUCAACUUUUUGUUGUACAUUGUCAGUGGACCCAGAUUCCGCCAUGAAACACGAGCCAUGUUUAGUGUUGUCUGCCAUUUCUGCAGAUCCAAUCAAAUCCAUGGUGUCUCUCAUGCUCUGCAGAUAGAGGAGACGGACCAGCUGCCGCCACAACCCAGAAAUGCCGAGCCACAGGAACAGCAGCCAUGA